UAAGUGUAUUAUUAUGCUUCUUCGACUACUCUGACAUCUCUUAUGAAAAUUGAAAUCGACUGAUCGAACCCGUCUCGACAUUUAUUCCGGCGAUCUCUACCGCUAAAUCAUCGAAAGCGCGACGAAUCGGAAUACCCUGUAAAGUGCUUUCAAGCACAAACGGGGCAAUAUCUUCCGGAAAAUUUUGAACAAGGGUUUCUGAAUAUCCAUCCAUCUACAAGAUGUCGGGCCAAAGCCAGCGCCUGGUCGUUGUUCCUACUAUUACAAUGCUCGGAGUCAUUAAGGCUCGCCUAGUCGGAGCCACGCGAGGUCACGCACUCCUCAAGAAGAAGAGUGACGCUUUAACGGUGCAGUUCCGUCAGAUCCUUAAAAAGAUUGUCGCUACAAAAGAGUCAAUGGGAACGAUCAUGAAAGAUUCCUCCUUUGCUCUAACUGAGGCUAAGUAUAUUGCUGGAGAGAAUAUCAAACAUGUUGUCCUCGAGAACGUCCAGACUGCGACCUUGAAAGUCAGGGCACGGCAGGAAAAUGUUGCUGGUGUCAAGCUUCCUAAGUUUGAGUACUUCACUGAUGGCGAGACCAAGAAUGAUCUGACUGGAUUGGCUCGAGGUGGUCAGCAGGUAAAGCAGUGUCGUACUGCUUACAUCAAAGCAAUUGAGGUUCUUGUUGAGCUUGCAUCACUGCAGACAUCGUUUUUGACGCUUGAUGAGGCGAUUAAAACAACAAACCGUAGGGUUAAUGCCCUAGAGAAUGUUGUGAAGCCGAGGUUGGAAAAUACGAUAAGUUAUAUCAAGGGUGAGUUGGAUGAGCUUGAAAGGGAGGACUUCUUUAGAUUGAAGAAGAUACAGGGUUACAAGAGAAGGGAGAUUGAAAGGCAGCGCGCAGCAUCCAAAGAUUUUAGAGAGGAACAGGGUGCAGAAAAAAUUUCAUUGCAAAAAGGGAUUUCCAUAAGUUCAGCCCACACCUUGUUGUCUGGCGGGGAAAAGGAUGAGGAUAUAAUUUUUUGACUUAGAGGGAGCCUGGCAGCGGCAAGAGGCAUGGGUGCUACAACAAGGAAUCCGUGGAGCAUUGCCGCUGAGAAGCAGCACCAUAGUGGUUUGGACAGAUUCUCAAGAACUAGCGGAUUGGUUACCAAGAAGAGAUUAUAAAUUAUGGCCAUGGGAGUGCUUUUCUUUUCUUUUGGAUACCCAGACUCUUUUGAAAUCUUUUGGUUCUGUAAUUAUUAUAAAAACAGCGAAGGUGGUGUAGCUAUCAAGGCAAGAACUAGGAAAAUGCGAGGGAGUACACUAAUAACCUUUUGGAUAUUAUUUGUUAUUAAUGAAUCAUCUUUU